CCUGAGGCAGGGCAGGAGCACUAUAAAAGGCAGCCCAGCUCCCUGCUCUCUCAUCCACUUCUCUCCCUUCCUCUCCUUGGCAACCAGGUGCACCUCCAGCCCCAAGCCAUGUCCUGCUGCAACCCGUGCCAGCCCUGCCAGCCCUGCGGCCCGUGCCCGCUGGCCAGCAGCUGCAAUGAGUGCUGCGUCCGGCAGUGCCAGGACUCCGUUGUGGUCAUCGAGCCCUCUCCCGUGGUGGUGACCCUGCCCGGACCCAUCCUCAGCUCCUUCCCUCAGAACACCGCCGUGGGCUCCUCCACCUCCGCUGCUGUGGGCAGCAUCCUCAGCUCUAACGGAGUGCCCAUCUCCUCCGGGGGCCUUGACCUCUCCUGCAUCACCAGCGGCUACUGUGGCACCAGAUGUCGGCCCUGCUAAAUAUGCUGGCAACCUCUCUGGACAAGAACCUCUGAAGACCUCACCACUUGGUUCUGGACAGGAGAUAGAGCUUAGAGGCAUUGUCUUUAGCGCUUUGAGCCAUUGUUUCAUUCUUCCACUCUUUCUCUCUUUUAC